UUGAAAAUUGAACAUCCAUGGUAUUCCGGACUUUGUUGGCCUAGUACCGUCUGCCAACCUUACUUUAAACAGUGUGCGAAAGCAUUGGACGUGGUUUGUACCUUCCAGUGUGGUGACUAUCAGCGCGAAGUUGAGUACGGAAUAAAUACCGCCGCAAUGGUAGUUUCAGUGGUGGCGAAACUCUUUGCUCUAUCGAUUAGUUGGUGGCUGUUUUGUGGCUAUCCAUGGACAAAUGUGCAGGGAGAAUAUUUCUCCUCUGUUGAGCAGAUGCGGCAGUUGCUAAAGCUCGAACAAACACUGUUGGAGAGUCUCGAUCGCUACAUUAAACUGCACGAGCAAAAGAUCGAGUUCCUUCAUCGGCAGCGCGAUUUGUUUGGGAAGGAAUUGAAGGAAGGAUUAAAACAUGAUGUAGAAUACACAUCAAAUCCGAUGAGUGCUUUCCUGCUGGUUAACCGGCUUGUCACCGAUUGGGAACGUAUUCGCAGGUUUAUGGAAAUGGAUGUCGGCGUAAAGUUGCAAAACAACACGGAAAUGCCCACUGUUGACGAUUUGGUGGGAAUUGCUGAGGGAUUAGCCCGAUUGCAGGAUAUGUAUCAGCUCGACACCAAAGCUAUGGCAAGUGGUAAACUGUUCGAUCGGAAGGUUGGUCGCCAGUUGAAAACGGCCGAAUGCUACGAAAUCGGAAACAAGCUAACGAGUGCGACCAACUAUCGGUACGCCGUUAGCUGGCUACGGGAAUCGUUACGUCUGUGGACAACGGAGAGUCCUGGUGUAAGUAAGGUGGAGGUCAUGAACGCUCUUGCCUACGCACUUUCCAAUCAAGGAGAGUACGAGGAGGCGCUAGAAUUAACCAACAAGGUGUUAAAACUACAACCGGACAAUCAGCGGGCACUAAACAGCAAGGAACCGCUGGAAAAAUGGAUCGAAUACAAGAAGGAGCACGGUUUGCCACCGCCAGUACCGGAUGCAAAUUACAAAAACUAUCCCAGCUUAUGUCGAGGUGACUAUCAACGGUCUACCAAGGAGGUAGCCAAAUUACGUUGCCGUUACGAACACAAUCGAACACCGUUUCUGCGUAUCGCACCGUUAAAGCUGGAAGAGCUCAAUCAUGAUCCAUUUAUCGUGGUGUACCACGAGGUGCUCUACGCCAAGGAGAUCGCCACACUGCUCGAUAUUGCUAAACCAUUGUUGCAUCGUUCGAUGGUAGGUGAUGAUGUGCAAAAGAAAGUGUCCAAAACGCGAACCAGCAACAAUGGUUGGCUCGAUGAUGUGAUGCAUCCAGUCGUUCGUACCAUCUCCCGGCGGACAGAAGAUAUGACCGAUCUAGCCAUGUCGGCGGCCGAACAGCUGCAGGUUGGGAAUUAUGGUGUUGGUGGCCACUAUCUACCACAUCAUGAUUAUGCGGUGCCAGAGGAAGGCAAGGAGGCUUAUCCAGCGGUUGGAAAAGGAAAUCGAAUAGCUACCGUAAUGUAUUAUUUAAGUGAUGUGGCCAUCGGUGGUGCGACUGUGUUCCCCGAGCUCGGUGUCGGAGUUUUCCCACGUAAAGGAUCCGCAAUCUUUUGGUACAACCUUCACGCGAAUGGAUCGAUCGAUGCACGUACCCUGCACGGCGCCUGUCCAGUUUUCGUUGGUUCCAAAUGGGGUAAGUCUCGAUACGUCGUCGUUGCUUGUCAUAACGAAGCUGCGCAUUCACAAUAUUUUAUAUUUACAGUUGCUAACAAAUGGAUUCAUGAGUAUGGACAGGAGUUCCGACGACCUUGCCAGAUCGACCAAAAAGUCUAGAGCGAACGACCGCGACGAUCGUAACAUCGGGUGUGUGUGUGGAUGUGAAACGUUCAUCAUUAAGCACCGUUGCAUUACGUCUUUCCAAUUAUGUGGCAUGUCCAACUGUUAUCAUCAACUGAUAGCGGACUUGUUGUAUCAGAUUGUGCGAUAAACUGAACGGAAAUACAAAGAAAGAAGAAAAAGGGCACUUCCCAUACCCAUGUGUGACCUAUUGUUGUGUUCUAUUUUUUCAACUCCAACCGAUUGACGGGUGUCGUAGGUAGGACAACAACAAAAAUGAGUUUAAGUACGUGGAACAUAUCUUUGCCGGUACCGACAAGAACACUGGCAAUGAAUGCGUCAUCACCAAGAGGGGGAAAAAAUAAGUUACAAUUUCUAUGCCGUAAGAACUGACGACGUUUACACUUCCUUUCCUGUCAUCAGGUGCGUUCCUGAACCAACAGUAACAAUCGUUUAUAUUCGGCGUACAGACUGAUAAGCACUGUAUUACCGAGCGUUAUGUUUUAAAAUAGUAUUUCAUGGUUUAAAAUUACCAUCCAUGGACUUACUACAGUUGACGUUAUCUUGUUGUGUUAGUAUGUAUGAGGGUUUUUACCUUGGCGUCACGGAGACACAUUUUUCAUUAUAAAUAGCAACAGGCAAUGUGCAAGCACAAAUCAACCAAUAGUCUAUCUGUUCAAUGGUGUUAUCCAAAACGGGGAAACAAAUCCUGUUCCCGUUAAGCAGACCAUGGUGUACACUACUGGUGAAGGUGGUUUGCGGUAUAUUUUCUAGCUGAUCCGUGACUAACUGACUUGUAUUUUAGCUCACGUUGUGUAACACGAGCUAGACAAGCUUUAUGGAGUUCUCUAGCAAGAUUUUCGUGAGACCUUGAGCUGUUUUCAGCUUUCAUAAAAGUGGUUUUGCUUUGUUAACAACAAUCACCAUUGGGAAAAAGAACCCGGACGAAGAAAACAAGCCAGACACAAUAUGAAACAAAAUAAUUAUUUCAAUUGAUCAAUUAAUGACCCAUCCUCAUUCGUGUAGAUCCUUCCCAGCGUAGAUAACAAUAUUCCUCUCUCAGCGUUUUGUUGUCUACAUGGUUUAUUACUUAAAAAUAUGUUCCUCCGUUUCAUGCUUUGAAAGUAUUUAUGCAUGUCCUUGUAUGGUUCUUAACAAUUGUAUGGUUCUUAAUGAACACAGGCACUCCAUAAAGAAUAUAAAGUCAAAUUAGUCCUUGCUUUCAAAAUAAUACUAUUCAUUAUUUUGCACUCUUUAAACUUGUAUCAGUUGUUAGACUUUCAGACAUUCAAUACUACUUCAUCCGGGGGAAUAAAAAAAGGUUGUAGUUAGCAACUAUUCUUCACCGUACGCAUAAAAUAAACGAUAAAGAAACAGUCGCAAUCAAUUCAAUCUGUAAUUCAAUUGCGAAGCUAGAAGGAGAGAACUUUCCAAUCAAGAAGUGCGGCUUUUCACUUUGUUUGUCCAACUUGCUCGAGCAUUGAUUGAUGCUAGAGAAGCCGACAGAGUUUUGCUUGAGGGAGACUACUAUAUGCUUAGGCGGCAGUAGCACUUGAUUGGAAGUUCAUGGCCAUUCGAUGCUCACAACAAACAUACACACACACACAUACAGUUAGCAACGAGUUCUUUUCCAUGAGCCAUGACUCCCAUCAUUCGUCAUGGGGCGAGGGAAAAGCGAAGGAUUUUUGCCAAACUUGUUGGUGGUUGGUGUGUAAUCGCAUUCGGGUUGCAAAAAAAACGGGAAAAAGUAAUUCAUUGAUCACAGCUUCUGCUGUGCACCACCAUGUUACUAGAUAAUGGUUAGAAUAAUUUCCAUUGCAGGACGAUCUGGAUUAACCAACCGGAACAAAAACAGUUGCGAUGUCAUCUCAAGAUGG